AUGCAAUUCACUCAUUCCAUACUUGCCUUCGCCUUAAUUGGUGAACUUGUCGUCCUUCCUAUCGGUGCAAGCUUAUCCCGCAGCUUGAUCAAGGCCACCGAACUUACGACACCGCCUCCCGCCAGCCCGGUGGACGAGCUUUUACCUGCCGCCAGCAAAUCUGACCUCGCUGGACCCAAGCCUGAAGUGGCACCAGUAUUUACGCCGCAAGCGACUACGCCCGCAUGGCGGCCCCGGCAAGCCACUUCGACACCCCAUGCGUCAGUAGGGACUACACCUACACGGACUCCCGCCACGCCGGGACCGUCUACGCCUGGACGGACCCUCGGCUCACCUGAUGAAAGAUACGUGCUUCCAUAUAAAAUCACAAACAACGCAUUUGCCCGAGACGUGGAAAAGAUGGGGUUUUUCAAAUCCGGGCGCCUGGCGAGUAUAUGGGAUUCAGAUCUUAAAGCGGUUACAUUAUUUAAAAAACGUUACUCGGAUUCUAUGACGAUCGAUCAGCAAAUUCGCCUAGUCCAAGAGGCUUUGGACUAUCUCUUCAAGCAACGCAAAAUAUCGCCCAAAGCCUUGGAGGAAUGGGUUAAAAAAUUCAUCGAAAUUGGCACCAAACAUGAGAGCAUCAUCUCUGAUUUCCAUUCUACCCUAUUUUACGGUCUCCAUACUCUGCGACUUAAAUACGACCAAAUUAAGAAGUUAAGAAUCGUGAUUCAUACGCAUUUAAACAAAGCCAUGAAAUCCUUUCCGAUGUCAUUCCGACAAUCUGCUGGCACUCAGUGGGAGAAAGCUCUUUUCUUCCCAGGCAAUGGAAAACACAAAAGAGUUUAUGCAGAAUGGAACAAGAUCCUGUCGGUAGGGCCUGCAACGGAUCGACGUAUGGAAAAGGCAAUUUUAAACCCAGUUAAAGAUCAAGAGGAUGAGGGAAUCAAAACCUUGAAAUAUCUCAUUGAAAGUAGAUUUUCAAGGGCCAAGAUGGCAAAAUACACUUCUCAGAAUAGGAUGACAGCACUAGCUCUCCUGCAUAAUUAUUCAAAAUCUGCCCAUGUUGAAAGACAACAGUCUGCUGUUCAAAUUGCGUGGUCUCUGGCAAGGGAGGAUGAGGGAAAACCCUUAUUUCACCAUGAAAAGGUAGAUAUGGUCAUGGUGAAUAUCAAUACCUGGCACAUGAAUUUCAUCAUAAAGGACAUAUCAUUCUUGAUCAUAAAGGGAGAUCUGUUGAACCUGUACCUUUGCUUUAAAUAA